AUCCCACUCGCGCCACGAACUGCACGCCAUACACACACUGAACACUAAACCAGCGAACCGACGGACGUGUGCCGCGUAUAUACCUUGUUGUUCUGUUUUUGUUUAAAAAUACGAGGAACAACGGCGGGAAGAAGAAAAAAAAAAAGAGAGUAAAAUAAUAGUAAUAAUAGAUAUUUUUUUGAAACUCCGACGGUGUGUGACGUUCGACGUGUUAAUCGCGGAACGGCAAAGUUUAUUCGUGUGUCGCGGUUUGUAUCUGGCUGAUUUGAGAAUUCCACUGCAAUCCCGACGACCCUUGAAACUCGGGACGUGUGACAUCGGGAAUAUCGUGCCAUUGACAAAAAUAUUACGAGAGUAUAUGUAGAUCGUAAAGACGUUUUUUUUUUUUUUACCCACGCACCGACUGACCAUGGUUAGAACGUGAACUUGUACCGCAAUUCGUUGGUUCGAUUCGUUUCGGAGAUAUCGGGGCGGGAAGGAUAAACGAAGAGAAGGAGGAUAAAUUUGUGCCAUAUUUGUAAUAUAUUAAUGCAAUCGUCGAAGGACGAGGUAGUGGGGAUUAAUCGGAUAUUAUAUAGUGCGUGAUAUGCAAGUUCCUCGGAACCGUUUAACUGGUCGGUUCGCGUUAGUCGUAUUCUACAAUAGCGAUAAGGAAAGUACAGAGUGUUUAAACGAUUGUACGGCAGGAAGGAAGGAAGAAUAGAAGAGAGAAUAGAAGAUAAGAAAACGCAGAAGCGCCGGUAUAAUAUUAUACAAAUCGGCGGUAAAUGUUUGUUUGUUAAUUGGUGGGUGAUAUGAUAGAGGAAUCCCGCGUCGAGGAGUGGUGUAUUAGUCAAUCGGGUCAGAUGACGGUCCAGGACUUCAAGUCACGCGGCACUACAGCCGUCGACGAACAGCUCACGAUCAGCAACGAUAUACUUUCCCCGAGCAAGGAUCACCUGGAAAACGAGAAGACGUCGUCGUCCCCUUACGGCGCAUCGAGCAACGGAUCCGUUCCCGCAUCCGCGGCUAACCAAGACAGCGAAAAUCUCCUUGGACGCGUUUUGGCCGAAUUCGACGGCACCACCGUUCUCUGUCGGGUUUGCGGCGACAAGGCUUCCGGGUUUCAUUAUGGGGUCCAUUCCUGCGAAGGAUGCAAGGGUUUCUUCAGGCGCAGCAUACAACAGAAAAUACAGUACAGGCCGUGCACGAAAAAUCAACAGUGCAGCAUACUUCGCAUCAACAGAAAUCGCUGCCAGUACUGCAGGCUGAAGAAGUGCAUCGCCGUUGGAAUGAGCCGAGAUGCGGUUCGAUUCGGGCGAGUACCUAAGCGCGAAAAGGCCAGGAUACUCGCCGCCAUGCAGCAGAGCUCGCACAGUCGUUCCCAGGAGAAGGCCGUCGCCGCCGAACUCGAGGACGACCAACGGCUACUCGCGACUGUCGUCAGGGCCCACCUCGACACCUGCGACUUCACCAGGGAAAAGGUCGCCCCCGUUUUGGCGAGGGCGAGGGAGACACCGAACUACACCGCCUGUCCGCCGACCCUGGCAUGCCCGUUGAACCCGAAUCCUCAGCCGUUGACGGGUCAGCAGGAGUUGCUGCAAGAUUUCUCGAAGAGGUUCUCGCCGGUUAUCCGAGGCGUGGUAGAGUUCGCAAAGCGCAUACCAGGGUUCAGCCUUUUGGCUCAGGACGAUCAGGUAACGUUGCUGAAGGCCGGGGUGUUCGAAGUGUUGCUCGUGCGGCUCGCCUGCAUGUUCGACGCCCAAACGAACAGCAUGAUAUGCCUAAACGGUCAGGUGCUGAAACGCGAGUCGAUACACAACAGCAGUAACGCGCGAUUCCUGAUGGACUCGAUGUUCGAUUUUGCCGAGCGCGUGAACGCCCUGCGGUUGACCGACGCCGAGCUGGGACUUUUCUGCUCGGUCGUCGUCAUUGCCGCCGACAGGCCCGGCCUGAGAAACACCGACCUUAUCGAGCGUAUGCACAACAAAUUGCGCAGCGCGCUGCAGGCCGCGCUCGCCCAGAACCAUCCCCAGCAUCCCGACAUCCUGAGGGAACUGUUGAAGAAGAUACCCGAUCUUCGUACGCUGAACACCCUACACUCCGAAAAGCUUCUGGCGUUCAAAAUGACCGAACAGCAACAGCAGCUCCAGGCCCAGCAGCAGCAGCAGCAGCAACAACAACAGCAACAGCAACAGCACUGGCCGAUGGACGAGGAGCCGACCGCCUCCUGGGGAUCGGGCUCCGACGUGACCCUCGACGAGGUCAAGAGUCCGCUGAGCAGCGUAUCCAGCACGGAGAGUACGUGCAGCGGCGAGGUCGCCUCGUUGACCGAGUACCAUCACUCCUCCGUCGCAUCGAGCGGUCUUCACGCCUCGAGCGCUCCGCUACUCGCGGCAACGCUCGCCGGAGGUCUCUGCCCUCACAGAAGAAGGGCGAACUCGGGAUCUACGAGCUCAGGGGACGACGAGCUGCACCGCGGAUCGUUGACGAAGACGUCCCAACCGCCGCAGUGUCCGCGAUUCAGGAAGCUCGACUCGCCGAGCGACAGCGGCAUCGAGUCGGGGACCGAGAAGGCCGACAAACCGGUAAGCACCAGCACGGCGAGCAGCGCUCCAACCUCGGUCUGCUCGAGUCCGAGGUCCGAGGAAAAGGAGUUCGAGGACAUGCCCGUGCUCAAGAGGGCCCUUCAGGCGCCUCCGUUGCGCGACACGAACGCCCUGAUCGACGAGGCCUACAAACCGCACAAGAAAUUCCGGGCCCUGAGACAGAAGGACAGCGCGGAGGCCGAGCCGGCCGUAGCGACGGCCCAGCAGUCCCAGCUCCACCUUCACCUGACCUCGUCCCCGGCCGCGACGACGACGACGCCCCACCACUCCACCUACACGUCGUCGUCGUCGUCGUCUUCCGCGAUAUCGCAGUGCCCGCCGAAGGCCAGCCUACUCAGCAGCACCCAUUCCACGCUGGCCAAGAGCCUGAUGGAGGGACCCAGGAUGACCGCCGAACAGCUCAAGCGCACCGACAUCAUACACAAUUACAUAAUGCGCGGCGACGUCAGUCCGGGUUCUCCGAUACCUUCCCCAUCCCCGGCCGAACAGUGCGCCUCGACCACCACCGCAAGCUCGAGGUCAUCCUCCGGCGGGCUUCUACAGUGCGCGACUUCGUAUUCCGCCACCGGACGAUGGCCGGCGACCACUUCCGUCAUAACGACGACGACCGGGGCGCGGCACCGCCACCAUCACCAUCACCAUCACCACCCUUCUCAUCCUCACCCUCACCCUCACCACCACAGUCACCAAAUCCAGCAGCACAUGCAGCAGCAGCAGCAGCAGCACCAUCAGCAGCAGCAACAGGGAGAGUACUGCAACAACAGUGUUGUACACAUAGCCGGUAACGGUUCGGGAAGUGGAAACGGUAGUAAUUCCGCGGGAUCUUGCUCGCCGCAGCGUAGCGGUUCGGUUUACAACGCUGCCAGCAACGUAUGCGCGAACAACAACGUCAACAACUCUUGCACGAGUACGAGUCCAAGGCCGAGCUCGACGACGUCCGCUUCCAACGCGGCUGCCGCUGCGGCAACCCUGGUGUUAUCUGACUGUUCGAGCAACAUGAUGGAACUACAGGUGGACAUCGCCGAUAGUCAACAGCCGUUGAAUCUUUCGAAAAAAUCACCGUCACCGUCGCCAAGGCCAACGAUUGUCAACGGUACGUGCAGUAGUAAAGCGUUGUCGCUCGAGGCGUAAUUUACGGAUAUUGUCUAAAAUCUUGUAAUAACGAAGCGACAAAACCUCUCGUGCAUAUAUCAUUUAGGUUUUCGUAUUCGUUCAUCGUUUUUUUUUUUUUCUUUUUUUUUAUCUUCUUCCCUUUUUUUUUCUCCUGUCGAUACAUGUACACCCCGUUCUCUAAAAGUCACGCGAACCAUCUGAUCGAUUGAUUAUUACUUCGUUUUUAUCUUCCGUCGUCACGGGUUCCACAACGACGACAUGCUAUACCUUGCUAAUGAUUCGCAUUACGACGUGAUACUACUACUAGCAAUACCGGUAGUACUCGGAAAGUAUCUCUUUUUCAUGUACGAACAAGGGAUAGAGAGAAUGGGGAAAAUUGAUGGAAACACAGAGAAAGAUAGGGAGGGAUAGAGAAAGAGAGAGAGAGAGAGAGAGAGGGAAAGCUCACCCGCCGAUUCUAUGUAAUUAUAUUAUAUACUAUACAUACGUUAUGUAGUAAACAAACAAGGAAUAAAAAAUGAAAAAUCGCUGUGAAAGUGCCACCAGGACGCUAUCCGUAUAGCGCGUGACUAACCAAAUAAUUUAUAUUAUUUAAAAUCGAUGAUAAUACAUUAUUAUUGUUACUGUUGUUGUUGUUGUUAUUAUUAUUUUUUAAUAAUAUCGUCAUUAUUAUUAUUAUUAUUAUUAUUACCAUUAUUACCAUUACUAUUAUUCUUAUCGUAGAGGAAAGAAGAAGAAAAAAAAACGAAAAUAAGAUGAAAUGACGUUUUCGCACGCAUACGCGGUAUAUUCAAUAGAUAUAUUAAUAUAUUCGUAUAUAUACUGUUCGCAUAUAUAUACA